AAAUAUUAGUUCGUGUCAGCUGACCAAUCACUUAUUCCUAGCUGUCUUGCGAUCUUGUGAUACCAAUUUUUGUGCGCUUCAGAUAGACUCUCAAUCAGUUUGUUGCAAUUUAAAGUCCGUGAAACAUUGUGUAAAAGAAGUAUUUUGUGAGGACAAAGACUAAAGGAGAAACAAUUUAAAAUGUCAACUUUAAAGAAGAUCCAAGAUGAGCAUCGUGAGUCGAAGUUCGGCUAUGUAUACGCUGUUUCUGGUCCAGUCGUAACGGCUGAACGAAUGUCUGGAUCGGCUAUGUACGAGCUGGUACGUGUCGGUUACUAUGAGUUGGUUGGAGAAAUUAUCCGUUUGGAGGGUGAUAUGGCAACUAUUCAAGUAUAUGAAGAAACGUCUGGCGUUACGGUCGGUGAUCCUGUACUACGAACUGGAAAACCAUUAUCGGUGGAAUUGGGACCUGGUAUUAUGGGUAGCAUUUUCGACGGUAUCCAACGUCCGUUAAAAGACAUCAACGAGUUGACCGCAUCGAUCUACAUCCCAAAAGGAAUUAAUACGCCUUCACUAUCACGUACCGCUGCAUGGGAUUUCAAUCCAAUGGGAGUUAAAGUUGGAUCACAUAUUACUGGAGGCGAUUUGUAUGGUCUUGUUCAUGAAAAUACAUUGGUCAAACACAAAAUGAUUGUACCACCAAAAGCAAAAGGUACUGUUCGAUACAUUGCCCCAGCCGGAAACUAUACUGUGGAUGAUGUAGUACUUGAAACUGAAUUCGAUGGAGAAAUUACCAAGCAUACCAUGUUAUCGGUGUGGCCAGUUCGUCAACCACGUCCAGUUACAGAAAAAUUACCAGCCAACCAUCCAUUGUUAACUGGUCAACGUGUAUUGGAUUCUCUCUUUCCAUGUGUCCAAGGUGGUACUACCGCUAUUCCAGGUGCAUUCGGUUGCGGUAAAACUGUCAUUUCACAAUCUUUGUCAAAGUACUCCAAUUCUGAUGUUAUCGUUUAUGUCGGUUGUGGUGAACGUGGUAACGAAAUGUCUGAAGUACUGCGAGACUUCCCCGAACUUUCUGUUGAAAUUGAUGGUGUUACUGAAUCAAUUAUGAAACGUACAGCAUUGGUUGCGAAUACAUCCAACAUGCCUGUAGCUGCUCGUGAAGCAUCUAUUUACACCGGAAUUACAUUGUCUGAAUAUUUCCGUGAUAUGGGAUACCACGUUUCAAUGAUGGCUGACUCAACAUCACGUUGGGCUGAAGCUCUUCGAGAAAUUUCUGGUCGGUUGGCUGAAAUGCCUGCUGAUUCAGGUUAUCCGGCUUACCUGGGCGCUCGUUUGGCCUCAUUCUAUGAACGUGCUGGCCGCGUUAAAUGCUUAGGUAACCCAGAACGUGAAGGUUCAGUCUCGAUUGUCGGCGCUGUAUCGCCACCAGGUGGUGACUUCUCCGAUCCUGUCACUUCUGCUACAUUGGGUAUCGUCCAAGUUUUCUGGGGGUUGGAUAAAAAACUUGCACAGCGUAAACAUUUCCCAUCCAUCAAUUGGCUUAUUUCAUAUAGUAAAUAUAUGCGCGCCCUUGAUGACUUCUAUGACAAAAAUUUCCCAGAAUUUGUUGCAUUGCGUACAAAGGUCAAGGAAAUUCUUCAAGAAGAAGAAGAUUUGUCUGAAAUUGUGCAGUUGGUUGGCAAAGCAUCGUUGGCUGAAACCGACAAAAUCACCUUGGAAGUUGCCAAACUCUUGAAAGAUGACUUUUUGCAACAAAAUUCAUAUUCAUCAUACGAUCGUUUCUGUCCAUUCUACAAAACAGUCGGUAUGCUAAAGAACAUCAUUGCAUUCUAUGAUAUGGCUCGUCAUGCCGUCGAAUCAACCGCACAAUCUGAGAAUAAAAUCACAUGGAAUGUUAUUCGAGAUGCCAUGGGAAAUAUUAUGUACCAGUUGUCCUCAAUGAAAUUCAAGGAUCCAGUAAAGGAUGGAGAAGCUAAAAUCAAGUCAGAUUUUGAUCAAUUACAUGAAGAUUUGCAACAAGCCUUCCGCAACUUGGAAGACUAAAUUUCUCGUUUAAAAUAUGAGCUUUCUGAAUUGAGAUCACACCGAAUUUCUAAAUUUAAAGAGAAAAAAAAAUAAUUGCAGAAAAAUCAGCAAAUCAAUAUCUACUUAUAAAGUUAGUUUAGUGUCCAUUUUAUGGCUUAAUGCAUGAAAAGUUAGAUUGGGAAAAUAACUAAAAUAGUCUUCAAUAUAUAAAACUAUCAAAAUACACAAAGUGAAAACAUAGAAGUCACAUCAUGUCGUACAAUAAUUGAUAUAAGAGUUAUGUGUUUGGACCAUAACAUUUUUUCAGUUCAAGUUCAAUGGUAGAAAAAAGAAACAAGUUUAAACUGUUCAAAAGGAUUUUAUGGCACUAAUCGUACAGUAUCCAAACUGUAAAAGUCCUCGGAAAAGAUUAUUUUUUCAAACUAACAGCUCCUUUUCCUAUCAAACUGGAAAAUUGUGCUAGUUUUGUUUGUGUUAUUUUUUGUUUGGAUUAACAUCAUUCGUUUGCACCAGAAUUUAUUUAACAAUGGCUAUAAAAUUUAUUGUUGUUACGUCGCGGAAUGAAUCUACAUUUCAAUUUUGUCAUAUUUUGUGCAUUCCAGUAUUUUAAAGAAAAAUUUAAUUGAAUCUUCUUUAUUUGUUCAUCACUGUAAUUCAAAUCGCACCAUGUUAAUUAUAAUCUAGUUAUACAAGUGUCGUAUAUCCUCGGUAUUUGAAACAAAAUGGUUUCCUCAUUAUUCCACAGCUACCCAAGUGGAUAUCCAGACCAAAACUUUGCAAUAUAGAAAGCUUUUUUCAUUUUCCUUCCCGAGGAAUUAUGCACUUAUGGAAUGAGUACAACGUUGCCCAUUGUAAAUAUUUGAAGAAAAAAAAUACAACUCUACAGAUUAAAUUGUUUUAAAUCACAUAAAUUCAAUAACGAACAAUGAUAAAAGCCACAA